UGAAGCCACACCCUUGGGUGGCCUUGGAUCUCCUCCCUUAAGGUUAAAAGCAGAAGGAAUGAUAAGGGUGUGAUUGUGCGUCGCAGUCUGACGGACAAGUCUCCAGACCUGGACUACAGUGACAGUUUCCAGAGGUUUCUUUCAAGACUCUACAGGUGAAGAUAGAAAAUGAGCAGGUACCCGACACAAACCCCCAAGAGCAACAGCCCCAGUCUGGCUAUCGAAGAGAGCAAGAGGAAGACGUCUCUUCUGAAAGACAACAGCUGGAUCAAGAAAGACGAAGAGGAGGAUGAACCUGUCGACCGAGACCCAAACUUUGGUAGAAGUGUUCUGAGCCGAUACAGAUCCAAAGAAACUCUCACAAGUCCGGAGCCUGAAGAUGUAAAAACCACCAAACGUGUAAGCACGUCGUCAACUGUGCAGGCUCUCAGCAAGAGGUUCAGUGGAAGUCAGGAUGAUCUGAAAACAAGCCCCGUCCCUACAAGCAAAACUUCAUCCUCCUACACCAAAAGCUCAUAUUCCAGCGUGAAAUCAGAUUCUCCCACCACGACCACCACAACCAAAACUACUGUCAAAGUGGAGCCAAAGACAAGCACCACCAAAACCACUACAGUCACACAGGAUGGCAAAACCACCGAGACAACCACCACCACCACCCAGAGUGUCAAAUCUCCUGUGACUAAAACACCAACCAAGACUGAGACGUUCACUGAGCGGGUCAAGUCUUCAAGCAAAGGGUCGCAGUACUCGACCUACACUCCUACCAAAACAACUAAGGUGACAACAACAACAACAACAAAUGCUGACAGCCCCAAAGACGCUGAGGACAAACUUUACGACAAACUCCUCCCGCCGCCCGUCAAGGACGAUGUGCCAACUACAGACAAUAAAACUGUUACUACUACUGUCUUCGGCACUGAGACGGUGACUGUAAAAAGCAGCCCUGACACAGAAAAUGGCAUUACAACUACAACCACAACAAGGACCUCCUCUACGGCUGAGGACGACCUGUACAGCAGCCUCCUGCCUACAUCCAUCACAUCCGGCGUGUCCUCUCCUGACAGCUCGCACUCUGAUUACACCUCCACCUCCAGCACCACCUCCUACACCAAGCCCAGCAAAACAACUGUGACCAGCACUGAGACUGUGACAGUGAAAAGCACCAACAAUGGAGACAACAUUACAACUACAACCAAUACCAGAAACCACUCUACGACUGAGGAUGAUCUGUACGGCACCCUCCUGCCUAAAUCCAUUACAUCGGACCUGUCUUCUCCUGUCAGCUACAGGUCGUACACUGACACUGACAGUCCCACCACCCGCACCACCUCCUACAGCAUCAGCACCAAGCCAAGUGACACCUACAGCAGUGACCGUAAGAGUUACUCCUACUCAAAACCGGACUCCAGUUACGAGUACACCAGUAUCACCAGUCCCACCGUGUACAGUCCGUCUUCUUACACCACCAAAAGGGCAGUGCUUGAGAAAGACCUGUGCACCUACUGCCAUAAGCCGUUCACUGGAGAUGCCAAGAUGGUCCUGGACGACAUGAAGAUCAACUGCCACGCCAACUGCUUUAAAUGUCACGUGUGUAACUGUAAUCUGGGCAAUCUGAGAGCUGGCGACAGCAUGUGGAUCUACAAAAGCAUGGUGCACUGUGAGAACUGCUUUGAGAUCACCAGAGAUAAAUGGCGGCGCUGAGCCAUCAUAAAGAUCAAAUGGAUUAUCGUUAUCUGUGUGUUUUGGGUGACACGGGUUCCAAUGAACUUGGAUUAUGACAAACUGAAAGAUCAUUAUUUGGGUGUUUUGAUAAAUGACAGUUACUUUAUUUUAAUAGCAUCCAAUAUUCAGUGCUCAUAAUAAAUUACAAUUUGUUUUAGCUGUGUCGUAUCAGUACUCCUGUCUCUGUUUCAAACGCUAAACAACAUACCUGUUCUUUUUUUCUCUUAAGUUUGCAGCUCAUAGAUGACUCUUGUGUAUGUAAAAUGAUAAGAGAAGUACAAUGUUGAGGGCCGGGGGCUUUUUCUUUGUGCAAUAAAUGCAAUAUAUGUUACUUUAUCUAAAAAAAAUAAAAUAAAAAAUAAAAAAAAAUAAACAGAAA